AUGGCAAUCAUCUUUUCAUUUCCAGGAAAAAUCGAUUGUUUUAAUGGCGAUGAUGAACAAAACUGUUUUCAAAUGGAAAUCAAUGAAUGUGAUCCAAAAACUGAAUAUCGUUGUUCCAAUGGUCAAUGUAUACCUGAAAGAUUUUUCUUUGACUUAUCAGUGGAUUGUUUAGAUGGUUCAGAUGAAUAUCCAUCGUAUGAUCGGGCUUGUCCAAGAGAUCCAUCGUACUUUUGUGAAGAUCACAUGAGCUCACUGGGCAAAUUUUCAUGUGGUGGUGGAUACUUUAAACUGUUAAGGAAUCAUACGGUAAGAUCAGAGAAUAACAAAUGUAUACCAAGACGAUUUUUAAUGCAUGAAUUUAAACAGUGUACAGAUGGUUCAGAUGAAUCAUUUGGUGAACGAUGUAGAAUAUCAGGAUCAUAUAACUGUGAAUAUAUUCGAGGAGGAGAAAAAAUAAAUCAAAUAUCAUUUCCAAAAAUCUGUAAUGGCCUGUUAGAUAUGUUAACCCUUGAAGAAUAUAAUGAAACAGAUGAAACAAAUUGCGACGAUUUAAUAUUAUGUAUAAAGCGAUAUACUCUUUGUGAUAGUGUAUGGAACUGUCCAAAAGCUGUUGAUGAAUUAAACUGUCCUGGUUCAAUGUCACACUAUUAUUGUUCGGAUGAUCAAGAACAUGUUUGUUUUCAUCCGGAAGAUGCUACUUUAGGUUGUUGA